UGUGCAGCGCACUCUGUGAGCUCUCAGUCCAGCCGCUUGUGGCGCGGCCCCUUCUCUCUCGCAGUCUCUCUCUCACAUCUCUCUCUUGACUCCUCCGCUCUUACGUCCGGAUUUCCCGGUGCAAAUAUAGCCGGACGCAGGAAAACGUAUUGUGUGGCGGGGAGAGUGCAGGAACGGCUGUUUUAAAAGCGGAGGGAAGGAGGAGCAGGCAAUCAGGAGAGCAGAGAGAGAGAGACAGUCACAGUAGAAUGUGCAUUGACGUGGUGAAAAGUGCAGCCAGAGAGCACCAGCAUUGAGCUCGCCACUCUUAAAAGAUCUAAUUGCUUCCAAAAAAAUGAAUUCAGACGCCAGUAACAAACGCCUCUCGUUUUCCCUCUCCUUCAUCAGCCUCUGGAUCUUCUUGACAACAGCCCAGUCUUCCUUGGAAGGAACUGCCAUGCAUGAACAGACCUUUACUGCCAGAACAGACCACAUUCAGUUCAGCAGUGACGUAUAUCCCAGAUUCAUUCCGUAUCCAGAUGACUGCGACGAUCACUUAGUGUCUGAUUUGCCUCAGUUGGUGUUCGAUUCCUCCUCUGAGUUGUCUAACAGUCACAGUCCUGGCUUUGCAAAGCUCAACAGACGCGAUGGAGCAGGUGGGUGGUCCCCACUGGAAUCGAACAAACACCAAUGGUUACAGAUCGAUCUUGGUGAGAGGACAGAGAUUACUGCCAUUGCAACUCAAGGUCGAUAUGGUAGUUCAGACUGGGUGAUAAGUUACUUGUUGAUGUUCAGCGAUACUGGAAGGAACUGGAAGCAGUAUCGUCAGGAAGAUAGUAUUUGGGCUUUCACAGGGAAUGCCAAUGCAGAUGGUGUUGUGCGACACAAAUUACAGUACUCCAUUAAAGCAAGACUGCUUCGUUUUGUCCCUCUUGAGUGGAAUCCACAUGGCAGAAUAGGAAUGAGAGUUGAAGUUUAUGGCUGUUCGUACAAAUCUGAUGUUGCCGACUUUGAUGGCAGAAGUUCACUACUUUACAGGUUCCAUCAAAAGAGCAUGAGCACGGUCAAGGACAUCAUUUCCUUGAAAUUCAAAACGAUGCAAAGCAAUGGAGUUAUGUUGCAUGGGGAAGGACAACGGGGAGAUCGUAUUACACUGGAGCUAAUGAAAGGCAAACUCUCACUGCAGAUCAAUUUAGGUGACACCAAGUUGCAUUCCAUCAAUAGUCAUACCUCAGUAACAUUGGGGAGUCUGUUGGAUGAUCAACAUUGGCACUCUAUUACCAUCGAACGUUACAACAAGCAAGUAAAUUUCACCGUGGAUAAGCACACACACCACUUUCGAACCAAAGGAGAGUUUGAUUACCUGGAUAUUGAUUAUGAGCUCAGUUUUGGAGGAAUCCCUGUUCCAGGCAAAUCAGCGAGUUUUCGGAGGAAGAAUUUUCAUGGCUGCAUUGAAAAUCUCUAUUACAAUGGAGUGAAUAUCAUUGACCUGGCAAAGAGACAUAAACCUCAGAUACAUAUUAUGGGCAAUGUAACUUUUUCAUGUUCAGAGGCACAUAUCAUUCCAGUCACAUUUAUGAGCUCCAGCAGUUACCUGUUGCUGCCUGGCACACCUCAAAUGGAUGGGCUGUCUGUCAGUUUUGAAUUCCGCACAUGGAACAAAGAUGGUCUCUUGCUGCACAAUGAACUUCAUGAAGCAUCUGGAACUCUACAGAUUCAUCUAAGUGAUGGAAAGCUGAAAAUAACCAUUCUGAAACUGUCAAGGACCCAAACUGACAUUGCUACAGGUAAGCACUUGAAUGAUGGGCAGUGGCAUUGCAUUCAUUUCAAUGCAAGAAGGAACCAUGUCAGCAUCACACUGGACAAUGAUGCUGCAUCGACUGUUCAUUCAACUGUACAGAUUAAUUCAGGAAACAGUUAUUAUUUUGGAGGCUGCCCUGAAACUGUCAGAAAUGCUGGAUGUUCAAAUCCCUUUGGUGCUUUCCAUGGCUGCAUGCGACUCAUCUUCAUAGACAAUCAGCCAGCAGAUCUCAUUCUGGUGCAGCAAGGCUUACUAGGAAACUUCAGUGACCUUCAAAUAGACUUGUGCGGCAUUGUAGACAGAUGUUUGCCAAAUUACUGUGAGCAUGGAGGAGAAUGUUCGCAGUCUUGGAGCACCUUUUACUGCAACUGUUCAGGAACGGGCUAUAAAAGAGCGACAUGUCAUAAUUCGGUGCAUGAACAGUCUUGUGAAGCUUACAAACACACAGGGAAUACAUCAGGUUUCUUCUUCAUUGAUCCAGAUGGCAGCGGUCCAGUGGGACCACUCCUUGUAUACUGUAACAUGACAGAAGAUAAAACCUGGACAGUAAUUCAGCACAACAAUACUGAGCUAACGAAAGUGAGAGGUUCCAGUGCAGAAAAGCCUUACCUUGUGCAGCUAAACUACAAUGCUAGCAUGGAACAGCUUCGAGCCAUGAUUAACAGCAUGGACUAUUGUGAGCAGAAAGUGGCUUAUCACUGCAAGAAGUCACGCCUUUUAAACACGCCAGAUGGUGUACCAUUCACAUGGUGGAUUGGAGGAACCAAUGAUAAACAAGUUUACUGGGGUGGUUCAUCACCAGGAGUUCAAAAAUGUGCCUGUGGAUUAGAAGGGGACUGUUUAAAUACAAACUAUGACUGUCAUUGUGAUGCUGAUAAUGAUGAAUGGGCGAAUGACACAGGACAUCUUUUGUACAAAGAUCAUUUGCCUGUGACACAGAUUGUCAUUGGCGACACGGACAGAAUACGUUCAGAAGCUGCCUAUAGGAUUGGACCACUUCGUUGCUAUGGUGACAGAAAUUACUGGAAUGCAGCAUCGUUCAACACUGAGUCUUCAUAUCUCCAUUUCCCCACGUUCCAUGGUGAACUCAGCGCGGAUAUUUCAUUUUUCUUCAAAACGACUGCUUCCUCCGGUGUAUUCCUGGAAAAUCUUGGAAUUAAGGACUUCAUAAGAAUUGAGCUGAACUCUCCAACUGAAGUGGUUCUUUCAUUUGAUGUGGGUAAUGGGCCGUUUGAGGUGACUGUGAAAUCGCCUACACAUCUGAACGACAAUCAGUGGCAUUAUGUUGAAGCAGAACGAAAUAUCAGAGAGGCUUCCCUUCAAGUAGAUCUCCUACCAAGGAAAGCUCAAGAGGCCCCUUCUGAUGGACACAUCCAGUUGCAGCUCAGUAGUCAGCUGUUUGUAGGUGGAACUGCCUCAAGGCAGAAAGGAUUCCUUGGAUGUAUUCGCUCUUUAAGGUUAAAUGGAAUCACCCUUGAUCUUGAAGAAAGAGCCAAAAUUACACCUGGUGUGAAGCCAGGAUGCCUGGGACACUGUAGCAGUUAUGGUAACCUGUGCCACAAUGGAGGGAGAUGUAUAGAGAAGUACAAUGGUUAUUCAUGCAACUGCAGUCACUCUGCUUAUGAUGGACCAUUCUGUAAGAAAGAAAUUUCUGCACUCUUCGAGCCUGGAACAUCACUGAUAUACACAUUGGAGGAAUCUUCCACCACCGCCAAGAAUUUAAGUGAUCCUUCAUCUUCCAUAUCAUCUGAUAUCACGCUCUUGCGGGAGAAUAUUGCAUUCAGUUUUCGAACUACACAUGCACCUUGUAUUCUCCUUUAUAUUGGUUCUCUUGAUGAGGAAUAUUUGGCGGUGACUCUGUCAAGAAAUGGGAGUUUUCAAGUAAGAUACAAACUGGACAGUGAUAAUAAUCCAGUUUUCUUGAGCAUUGACACCAGAAACUGGGCGAAUGGCCACGUUCACAGUGUCAAGAUCGAUCGAGAAGGGCAAGACAUCUAUAUUCAGAUUGAUCAAUUCACGAUUGUGGAGUACACCCUCCCCUCAAAUAUGGAUCUUGAAUUCAACGCUGUUAGGUCUCUCACUCUAGGCAAGAUUGUGGACAGCGAUAAUCUAGAUAAAGAGAUACACAGAGCGAACUCAGAAGGUUUUAUUGGCUGCCUCUCAUCGGUCCAAUUCAAUGGGAUUACUCCUCUGAAAGUUGCAUUGCAAAAUUCAGGCUCACCACUUGUCUCCAUAAAAGGGCGUUUUGUUGAAUCAAGUUGUGGAUCUGCCCUCAGGAGUGAACCAACAGCAAUCACCACAUCAUACUCUCUAACAGAUCAUUCUGGGACGAUUGAUGUGGGUCAACCAUUAAAAAAUUCAGUCAGAGGUGACUCAGCAGUCAUUGGAGGUGUUAUUGCGAUUGUGAUCUUUGUCAUCCUCUGUAUCGUUGCUGUAAUAGGACACCUGUUGUACAGGCACAAAGGCACAUAUCGUACCAAUGAAACAAAGGGGGUGGAAUAUGCUGAGAAUGCCGACACCACGCUGAAGAACAAUUACCAGGACUCAAUUAGUGAAGGCAAGAAGGAGUAUUUUAUCUGACAGUGGUACAGACCCUUCUCAUUACCACCGUUACAGCAGAAGAUUAAUAACACUAACAGCUGGGGCUCACUGACUGGACAAUGAAUUAGCAAUGGACUCUGCAGCCAUAAAGGCCAAAUGUUAGCACAAAGUACUGUACAUGACAUAGAACUGAUCAGAUGGGGCAGAAUUUGUUGUUUUCUGUUAACUGUCGGUGAGUUUAGUGGAAUAGUUAUGCAAAUUCUAUAGAAUUUGGAAAGUGUUUAAAAACAGCUAUUAAGAGGUGAAAUCCUUUACUUUAAGUGGCCCAAAGUAGACAUCUUAUUUAUUUCAAUAGCAUUACUUUAAAAGCUGGCUUGGGAAAAACGGUGUAAAUGUCCACCUUGGCAGUUAAGUGAUAUAUGAAAUAAUUCAAACUAAAUCAGAUUCAUUCAAGAUUCUGGCCAGUGAAACUUCAAUAUUGACUAAAUAAAUGCAUUUUAUUUGAUAGAAGUCUUUUUUUUAUUCAGUGAUCCACUCCAUUCAUUCCAUCAAUGAAGAGUCAAUUGAUUCCUUCCUCCUGUGUCUACAUUGGUAUUGUAACAUUUUUGCACAGACUGGUAAUUUUACAGGGAUGCAACAGAGAAAAUUGGACUACAGUUAGCACAAGAGACAGGAAGUGAGACAGAUUCUAUUUUCCAACAAAUUUGACUUUGGAACAGUCAAAACAAAAGAAGUUUAGGUCACCAAGUUUAUUAAGUGCACCUGGUGCAUUGCAACCCAAAUAGCUGUGGACAAACAUGGAUCUGUUCGAUAUAUGUUCCAUUCACACCUCAACUUGCCAGCUCCUAGACCACAGAGAAUUGACCACCAUCCAGUCUGAAUAAAACAAUACUGCUUUUUGACUGUCUCAACACAGUUUGCACAGCACAAAGCUGCCCUGUGCCUCUUGGUAGUAGACUGGCAAUCUUAUCAGAGACGCUACAUUGUAGACAGUAUAAGGAUUUCUUUUUGAUAAUCUCACCUUUGCAGGAUGGAAUUGCUUCACACAGUACAAUUGCCAGAGUGAAAGCAACCUGAUCCUAGACUGAAUGAUCCUAUCCCUGAACUGAGCCAGCUUGAUGCUAAUAGUAGGUCUCUGUAAUAGAAAGUACUCCCUUCCCGAGAUACUAACAUCCUGCAAAUAAACAUGACAUUAGUAUAAAAAAUGUUUGGUUAUGAUAUGGUCAAGAGAUGGUGAGCACAGUAGUGCACUCUGAGUAGAUAGUUUUCUAUUUGAACUCUUUCAUUCAAACAUAUAAUUUGCCCUUUAUUAUUCAGUGUGUCUUUGGUACAUACUAUUAACAACAUUCAAAACCAACAACAGACUAAUUUAUAACAAGUGAAACCUUUCUUCUGUUUCUACAAUGUGACUGAAUUGCUAUGAUGCUGAAUUUAAAAUGAUUGCUGCAGCCUUACAUAUAUUUAUAAAAGUGCUUUGUAAAGGUGUUCUGUAUUACGACUUCUUGAAGUAUCUCCUUGUGUGAUAAUUUUACAACUGUUUUGUAAAAAAUAAGGAACAAACAAUGUCAUGUUAACGCUCAUCCUGGAUUCAAAGCGAUCAAGUGUAAAUUCAGACAGUUGUCCUCAUUCUUGUAUUUUACACCUACAAGUUAUCACUUUCAUUUAAGAUUAAAGUAAUUAGAUGAAAACAAAAGAAUAUGACAUCUAUAACCUUUUUAGUAAAGAAAUUUUGUUUCAUCCAUUACUGGGCUUAGCACAUGGGGUCAG